AUGACCCGUGUUCUUGUCACUGGGGCCUCUGGUUUCCUCGCAUUGCAUGUUGUUAAGCAGCUGUUGGAGUCUGGUCAACAAUACAUCGUUCGAGGAACAGUCAGAAGUUUAGCGAACGAACAGAAGCUCAAACCAUUGAGGGCACUGUGCCCAGAAAAUUCGAAACAACAGCUGGAAUUGGUGGAAGCAGAUCUUAGUCAAAGAGAAUCUUGGAUUGAGUAAGUAUUAGCGAAUUUCUUUCUUCAUGAUCCAGCGAUUUACUUGACCAAAUGAAAGUCGACCAAACGGAAGUCGGUGUUCCAAAUCACAAAAUAAGGCAUCACCGCAGCUGGCAAGUAAAAAUUAGGGAUAGCAGCCUGCUUUAGAUUUUAAUCAUCUGUGUUGAUACUUGAAAAAGAAAGUUAAUAAUUCUCACCCCGUUAUUAGGAAACGCUGAGACUCAUUUCAGUUGUCGGCGGGCGUGACCACCAUCGAUAAAACGUUCCCCUUUGAAGCCAAUAUAAAUAGAGCAGUAACGCAAAACUCAUCGGUAUGCGCUUUUGGAGUAUCGAGAAUUAACUUAUGCUUACUGUGAGGGUUACGAAUAAGGGAAAAUUUUUGCGGACCGUGUUUGAAUAAGAAAUUCACCCACACAAAGACUUGCAGUAAAAUAUUGCAGAAACCAUUAAUUGAAUUCAGCUUUCAUUCAUUAAUUUUUUCAGCCACUAUCCUUUUACCUGUGCAAAGGUGGUCGACAAGGCGUUGAAGAUAAAGUCUUCACCGAGGAGGACUGGGCAGCAGACGAGGGGGUCAGCCCGUAUGAGAAGAGCAAGAAGCGUGCGGAAAAGGCCGCCUGGGAACUAGUGGAAAAGUUGCCAGGUUACAACUUAUUGACUUUUUUAAAAAAAAGCUUCCAAUAUUUCAAAGAAACUAAGUCAUGCAAUUUCAGGAGAAUCAGGACCAAGCUAUCACGGGUUGAGUCUCAUAGACUUAAAGUGUAUAUGACACACAUUUUUUUUUUUAAACCCGGUGUUUGAUUCUUUGAAACAUGAACUAAGCGAAAACUGGUUUUGCAGGUUAUUCUGGUCCCAUUGCAUGAAGCGACUGACAGUGUUGCUUUUCCCCCGCAUGGGAUGUAAGUCUGUCACGGCUACCCUUAAGGAAUUCCGUGGUGGUUUGCUUGUACACUUUGAAACUGUUCUUGCUAGUAUAGCAGCGAGUAUUUGUAUCUUGCCCGAUGAGAAUAGAACUUAGACUCUUCCCCUGAUGGUAAUUUCAUUACCAGCUCUAACAAACCUGUCGAAGAACUACAUAAUUUUCUUAAAACGAGAUGACGUAAUUCUUCGAUGUAAGCUAUCAGACCACAUGUCUAGCCCAAACGUAUCCGCCUUCCAAGCUUUGCGGGACUUAAACACGUCGUGUUUUCUCGUUCUUACCGACAGAUGAUGAGAAGUUUGAGCUUUGUACCAUCAAUCCUGGGUUUAUUGUUGGCCCUGUGUUGGGCUCUUACUGCACAAGCACCGAGGUAAAUGUAUAUUUCAGUAUAAAUCUACUAGCGUCCAAUGAGAAAGGCUGUAAUCUGAUUGGCUACGCUACUCGUUGUCUAUUCCGUGAUAGACAAUGAGUGGCAAAAUUGUGUUUGUUAAAACAUAAUUAAUGGCUCGGACAUAAUUUAUUCCCCGGGGGGAGGGGGAAGCUAAAUAAUUACCAGCUGUUACAGCCUGUAAUCACGACUGAAGUAACCAAUAAUGUUUUUUUAGCUUCACAGGCGUUUUCUUCAGCGAGAAAUGCCAAUGGUUCCUAAAAUGAUGUUUGGAGUGAUUGAUGUCAGAGAUUGUGCUAGAGCUCAUAUAAUUGCCAUGACGUCACCUAAAGCACCUGGUAAUAUGUCCUUUAGCAUAGAAACAAAUUACAAAUUAUUGCAAAGGCUUCUUAGCUCUGUUUUCAUCUCAAUAAGGGUAGAAUGCGGAGAGAACACAAGGAGACAACCUAGCAAACCUUUUUGGUUUUCGUAUAGAGCAACCACGUAUUUCGAUUGAGACUUUUUCCCCUUUAGUAUGGCCAAAGGUCUGGAACCGAGUGUUUCCAAAGUCGCAUCUCAAUGCACUCGACCAACUUUAGACCCUUCACUUUGUAAUCCAGUCAGUUAUGACUGAUUAAGUAAAAACAAUUUGUACUCCUUUUUUUUUGUCUUAACAGGUAACAGAUACCUCGCCAUCACGGACUGUUACUGGAUGGAUGAUAUGGCACGGCUGCUUCACGAAGAAUUCAGACCUCUCGGUAAGGUUCUUGUACACUUAAAUUCCUUGAUCCCCUAGAGUGACCAGCGUCUGAUUCCUCCUUACAAUAUCACUCAUGAAUCACACAUAAAGGUUACGAGAGUAAUGGAGAUGAUCACCAAUUAAUGGAGCUCUUGAUUGUGAAACAAGUCAUCUCUCUGAUAACCUUAGCAAAUGCACGGAGAACAGUAUGGAGAAUAUACAUAGAGAUAGAGAAAUGUUUUUCCGUCUUGUCACGAGCGUGGGACAAAGAAAAAAUUCUGAGUCCCCAUGAGGAAUCGAACCUCAGACUUUCAGAUUCCGCGCUCCGAUGCUCUAACCACUGAGCCACAGAGACUCCACGGUGAGCGAGGUCUUUUACGAAGUUCAUAUGACACGCGUCUUGCAUACUGCUAAGAUCAGCAACGUCGAUAGCGUAAUUUUUGUAGAUAGAAAUGAGAAAUGAAUAGAGAUGUUAGAGUAGAAAGGGUUAAAAUGUGGUUGAAAUAGUUUUUACCUUGAGUUCUCAUUGGCUCUUUAUGACAUUUUCCCCAAAGUUCGGAUUUGGUGCCGAGAUUACUCAGCUUAGGCUUUGCGACACUUAAUCGAAAUGCGCCUAUUUAUGUAACGCAAGAUGUUUAUGAGAUAAGUCAACAUAAAGAAGAAAAAUUUCUUCCAUUCUUGUAGGUUAUAAAGUUCCUACCACAGUGGCUCCAAAGGUCAUGAUAAAAAUCGCCUCGUGGUUUGAUGGCACGUUGAAGUUUAUUUUACCUUUUCUUAACAAAGACAUCAAGUUAGAUAACUCGAAGGUAACUCAUAAUUAAUAAAUAAUUGAUUAAUAAUUAAAAAGGAAAUCACAUUCUUGGGAUCUUUGUUCCGUGGUAUAGAACAAUUUUUAUUGGAGAAUCAAAACUAAACUGAGAUUGCAUAGGUUUUUCUGUACUACCCUCUGUGAUUGGUCAAGAAACCUCGCACCAACCUCUCAACACGACUUGAUCGCCCGCGUUUUUUUUCCCGCGCUCGAAGCAGUUUGAUUGUUUUACUUUAAGUCCAUAUCGGCUCUUAAAACUAUUUUCCUUCUCUUUCUGAUUAUCUGUUGUAAUUCCUUUGGUUUUGCUCUCACGACACUUAAUCAAAAAGAGCUCUAAUCUCAACGGGUGUUGUAGGGAUGGUUGAGAUAACGUAGAAUUUAAGCCUGGUCCAAGUAAUUUUUAAAACGCUAAUCUCUUGCUUUUUUUGUGUUGUUUGUUCAGAUAAAAGACCAUUUCGGUAUGCAGUUUGAGGAUUUCAAGAAAAGCGUAAUAGACAUGGCCUACAGUUUGAUCGAAAGAGGUUUUGUCAAGAAGACACCGCAAUACGAGGAAGCGAAAAAACAACAAGCCGCUAAUGGAUCUGGGUAG